AUGACCACUUACAAUCGAGUUGAAAGCUGGUACACCGACUCCAGCUACAAUGCCGAUGAGCACUACGAAAACAGCCCAUUUGCCACGGAUCCUCGUACAUUCCCGGUGCGUGCUUCGCUGUCUUCAACCGCCAUGUCUAGUCAACCAUACGCAAUGAUACCCCUGCCCAGUCAAUUUCAAUUGUAUACUAUCGAAGAAAAGAGGAAUCUGGAGGAGGAUGUGGAACCUUGCUCAGCGGUCAAGAAGCGUUAUGCAGAAAGCUUGGCUGUAAAGAACGGAGACUUGAUUGAAAAAUCUUUGAAGAGCAUCUCAUUAAUUAGGUCCAGACUUCUGCAGCAGCAAGAAUCCAAUCGUAAGAAGACCUCCGAGUUCCAACAGAUCCGUAGCUCCAUCGGCAUCGUUCAUUCUCUCGUACAUCUGGUCCACGAUAACAGAUGUAACAAGACUUGGAUCGAGUUUUCUACUGAGGAUUAUAAAAUUUUGUCCAAUAUGAAAAAUCUGAAGCUUUCGAAAGUCGAGAAAGAGAGGACUCCAUCUCCUAAUGAUGGCGGCGAAAGCCUGUCGAUAGAUGAGGUCGAGCCGAAGACGCCCACGCGAGUCUCUGUGGCCUCCUCAACCGCCCGAAGUGACUCUUCAUUUGGACCCGUCCGAUCUUACAAGGCGAUGUCAAUCACCGCAAACGUGCCUACCACACCCACCAAACCCACCGCGACGCCCACUUCGGAGAUAUAUAACCUCUAUCACAGCCAGUCCUCUGAGGACUUGUCAACAGUCGCCGACUUGACAUCCCUCGAGCAGAUAGCCUCAGUCUACCAUCACCCGAAGCCAUCUCCCCAGCAGACCCAGGAGAGCUACUAUAAAACUCAACUCAGCAAAUUCAACUUGGAAAAAUCAGCUGCCAUUUCAAAUGAUCACACGACGCAAGCUGAUUGCAAGAACUCGCCUGGCAACUUUUCUACCACCUCUGUUGCUGUUACUUUGACCACAGCGCAUGAUCAUGAUGAAUGGGACCAACAUGAUGAUAUGGUGCACACUACUGAAAGCGCUUCUAAUGAUGAACGAUCAGAAAAUUCUUCUUUAAGGAAACUGAGUAUUGGUCCGAACCAAUCCAGAAUGAUGGCCAUCAAGCUUAAACAAUUUACCCGAGGAGAAAGAAACAACCUCAUUUACCCUUCCUGA